AUGACAUCCCUUAAUCUCCGUGGCGGUGGUGUCUUCAGCCCUGAGCUGGGUUCCGUUAUCGGAGGAGGAGCUGCGGAAGCCAGUACGGCGAUGUUAUCGCGCGACGGGCUGUUCGCUCGGCGAGAGCUUCUAGUGCCAGCUUCGCUGCUAGGCGGACUGAAGGCAGUCCUCUCGUUGAGCACGAGUGCGCUUGCAUUUGAGGCCGCUCUGGCUGCGGAUACGCUAUGGUCUGUUCGCGUAAUGUACGGGCCGCAAUUGCGUUACAUUCCUCACACCGUCCAGUACAGCGAGACUGCGUCGAAAUAA